AUUCUCCUGCAAGCUAUGCAGCAAAGCGUUCAUACAAAAAGUGACAUUGAAAUAUCACAUUGGAUGCCAUGUAAGACGGGGCGAGUACCAUGGCGACCCAAACUUUCUUAUUGUUAACAGUGACAAUAGUAAGAAUUUCGGUCUCCUGUCAGAUGAUGAAACUGCACAAUAUCUAGAUGAAAGCUUCCUAUCUUCAGACUUAGACUUCGAAGGAGACAAACCGUCGAAACAUUUAGUUGUUGACCAAAAUAAUAGCAACAAAAAUUGUGUAGACAACAGCUAUUUAGAUAAGAAUAAUUAUGGAAAAAGUAAUUGUGACAAAAGUGACGAUUUACAAAUAGAUAGUGAUUUGAUAAAGUGCGUUAGUGACAUUGAUAUGAAUUUUAGUGAUCUCGAUGUUUAAUAAUAACAAAAAUAU